AUGAAAAGCGAUAAUAUUGUCAUUCUCGGCGCUGGAGUCAUUGGACUUGACGUAGCUCUGGUGCUCGCAGAAAAGGGUCUCGCAAAGCAUAUUACUAUCGUUGCUGAGCAUCUUCCAGGGGACACCUCUAUCAAUUACACAUCGCCAUGGGCUGGUGCCAACUUCUCCGCCAUUUCCUCGAGUAAUGAGAAUGCUUUGCGCUGGGAUAAGAUCGGCUACAAAUAUUUACUUCGCCUCGCUGCGCAAGAUGGAAGCAAAGCGUUUGUUCAGGAGACCCCUUCAACAGAGUACUGGGAUGAGAUGCCCUCCCAGGCGAAACUGAAGUCUAUGGCAGACUAUCUCAAGGAUUUUUCCAUAAUCCGCAAAGCAGAUCUGCCCGACGGGGUGGAAUAUGGUGUGACCUUCACAACGGUGACAAUGAAUGCACCUAUGCAUAUUCGCUAUCUCAUUGAGAAACUUCGUGCCGAUUAUGGUAUUCGGGUUAUUCGCAAGCAGGUUCCAGAUAUCCAGUCGGCUUUUUUGAGUCAAGAUACAAAACUGGUUUUCAACUGCACAGGAAACGCUGCCCGAGUGCUGCCUGGUGUCCAAGACUCCAAGUGUUUCCCCACCAGAGGGCAAAUUGUAUUGGCAAGAGCCGGACACGUCGGUCGCAAUAUAAUGCGGCAUGGAAAAGACUACGAAACCUAUAUCAUUCCUCGACCCGGCUCAAAUGGUAAUCUCAUUCUCGGGGGCUUCAUGCAGAAGCGAGUGAGUACAGGUGAUACUUUCGAAGAAGAAACCCAGUCGAUUCUGUCUCGAACGAAGGCAUUGCUCCCUGAUCUCGAUUCUCCAAUGACAGAGCCUCUCGCUGUUUUUGCAGGCUUGCGCCCCUCGAGAGAGGGGGGUGCUCGAGUUGCGAUGGAAGAGAUUGUCCUUAGUCCUGGGGAGCGGAAAGGGGUUGUCGUGCACAAUUACGGCGCUGGGGGGACAGGGUUCCAGGCUGGAUAUGGCAUGGCGGUUGAAGCUGUCCAAGCCGCAGAAAAGGUCCUUCGAAGUAUUCUCAUCGGCUGUGAAGGCGCUCGAGCACGUCUUUGA